UACUUUAGAAGAAGUAAAUGAAGCCCGGUUUAGCGGAAGAGAAGCAGAGGCAGUUUUGAGACGAGACGGUACUAGCUGUAACUGAGGUACCAAGAGUUUUAUGAAAUAACUUCAAGAAUCUUCGAGGAAAAAGUGGACAAAAGUACACGACGAGUAAAACCGCUUCAGCGAUCAAAACAUGGAAAAUGAACUGAAUGCAUCUACUGCUUACCCAAAUGCAACAGAGUCUUAUUUACAGCCUUAUUUGGAGCCGAUCGCUCUCAAGAUAUUUCGCUUUGUAAUAUACGCUGUAAUCAUCGUUUUCGCCUUGGUGGGCAAUGUCGCCGUGUGUAUUAUUUCAAGUCGUACUCGUCGCCUUCAGACCAGCACGUAUUGUUUAGUUAUGAACUUGGCCAUUUCCGACAUCGGAUCUGUGCUUUGUCUCCCAUUCUUGUUACCUGAACUCUUUAUUGGAAACUGGCUGAUGGGAGAAGCUAUGUGCAAAUUGCUGAAACCCAGUGUUGUGGUGUUUAACUUUGUAACAACGAACACGUUGGUGGCCAUAGCGUGUGAUCGAUUUCGUGCCGUGGUGUUCCCGUUCGUCAUGCGACCAUCAAAAUCAGAAACACGCUUGAUCAUCGCACUGCUGUGGCUUAUUGCCUUUUUGUUCUCUUUGCCUUCGUAUGGUGCUAUGACCGUCCUGGAUUUUCCAGAUAGUCCUGGCAUUUACUACUGUUUGGAUGUUUUCUCAGAUGACUUUGACAAAGACACUGACUAUCGUCGCGUUUACACAAUAACAAUGUACGCCGUGAAUGUUCUUCUUCCAGUACUUGCCAUCUCGGGACUGUAUCUAAAAAUCGCAGCCACUUUAAAACAUUUUCGCCUCAUACCAGUGGCACUGAGACCCAAUCGUUCGUGCUCACUCAACACCUCGCCCAAUUCAAGUCCGCGCUCCUCAUUAGUAAAUACUAACAAGCUGAACAUGAAUCCUGCGGGUGCAAUAAAGAGACAGAUGAUGGAGAGGAGAUUUCUCAAGAUGUUGAUGACUGUGCUUCUUGUUUAUGUACUGUGUUACAUUCCUUUCCAAACUUUGUACCUCGUUUACGAGUUUAAUCCGGAUCUGGCAUAUCUAAGCUACCUACAGCCACUUUCGGAAUAUUUAUACUUGAUUGUGUGGCUUCCGAACGCUCUGAAUCCAGUUUGCUACGGUUGUUUAAACGAACAGUACAAGAGAGCUUUUAAAGCGUUGAUAUCUAAACCUCGAAAAUACUUUCAGUCGUUCAAAUCGCGGCGGACUUUAUCAACAAGAACUAAGACCUUGGCUGGAGUUAAAAUUCGGUGAAGUGCCGUAGUUAAGGGGGGAGGGGGGGGGGUUAGAAAGAAAGACAAUAUAUCUAUUUUAAAAACAUGAAAAUGCAUAAUUCCGUACAUUAUCAGCAUUCCCUGUGAGAAUACUCCUUCAUAUUGAAAUAUACAACGUUCUUCGGUUACCCAGUGGCUUUCUGUCCAAUGCAUAUCACCAUGAUUACGAUGGCAACAACUUGAAACUGGUUGUCAACCAAGUGACACCCUGGCACUUGCAAAAACAACACUUUAAAUUACCCAAGAUUCAUAAUUUAGGAAGAGAAAGUCAGCCAAAAGGAAAAUAUUGUUUAUGGUUGUAAUCUGUAUUUAUUAACGUUAGAAUGCUACAGUAGCUCGAAUAUUUAUAGUUAUUGUGGUGUGAUAAAAACAAAGUUAUUGUACAAAGAAAAUACAUCUUACCUGGGUGCAUGUACGUACAUAAAGAUUUGUUACUGUAUGUUGAGGUGGCAUUGUGAUUAUCAUAGCGAUAAGAGAAAGUGCAUUUGGUUUGUCUCCACACUGAAAAUAAAGAAAUUUGAAGCUGUACACGACAAGAGCUUUGAACCGUGA